AGUAAAAGUUUUUUUUUUCCGCACGUUUCAGACUCAUAAGUGGGAAGGCUCGGGAAUGAAGAAAUAAGUCAGGAAGAUAAGCUGCUACUCGCCGGGUUUAAUGGUUACUCGUACACGGCGUUGUUUGCAUGGCAGAGUCUUUUUUUUGUCGGGUCGCACAGGGAGAGCCAGCGGGUUGUUAGCUAUCAGGUUAGCCGACUUGCUAGCUAAGUUGUAAGAAAGUGAAGAAGACGGCAGCUGAACGGGAGCUAACUGUUAGAUCUACCCACACAGAGACCUAUGCGACGGAUACCAGGUGAGUGAUGGAGAUGAGAGAGUUGACCGUGGUAGCUGGCAGCUUUGUGGGGUUCCAGCUACUUUUCUCAGUGGCCAGCCCGCUUCUCUCCUCUGCCAUCACACCAGGCUAUGGGCGCCUGCCUCCCACCAAGCUCACCGAGUGGAACUCCAGGCUGGUGUCGACCGUGCAUGCCCUGAUUGUGGGGAUCUUCUGUUUGUACAUCCUGUGGUUUGAUGAUGCCGUCAAUGCCGACCCCGUCUGGGGCGAACCAAGUCUUGUCAAACUAAAUGUAGCCAUAACCUGUGGUUACCUACUUUAUGAUCUUGUGCUGCUAGCCUGUAACUGGAGCACUAUGGGGGACAGUUUUUUCGUAUGUCACCACUUGGCGGCGCUCUAUGCAUAUGGAUAUGUACUGACCCGUGGUGUGCUUCCCUACUUUGCCAACUUUCGUCUCAUCUCAGAGUUAUCCACACCUUUUGUGAACCAAAGGUGGUUCUUCGAGGCGUUGAAGUACUCUCGCUCAGACCGGAUGGUGGUGUUAAAUGGUGUUGCCAUGGCAGUGGUGUUCUUCCUGGUGCGCAUUGCUGUCAUGCCAUCAUACUGGGCCAGCGUCUUUGCCACCUUUGGCACGCCAGCCUUUGAACGUCUCGGCCUGGGUGCCCAGGUGGCCUGGAUCACCUCCUGCAUUGCCCUGGAUGUCUUGAACACUAUUUGGAUGUACAAGAUCACCCGCGGCUGCUACAAGGUCCUGACCAGGGCUGGAGAACGUAAAGCUAAAGACGGGAGAGAAGCUUUGUCUCCCUCAGAUAAGAAGAACCAUGUGAACAACCACACAGACUAAACUGAUGAAGAGCAGAGGAACACAGGGAGAAAGGAUGUGUAAGCAGACACAUUAGCAAGGAUGGAGGCUGGACAUGUAGGAUAUCUGUCCCCUUUCCCCCUCUUCGUCUUCCCAGCCUCUCUCUUUUGCGACAGAUCACAACCUCAGCCCUCUAUCCCCUUGAGGUUGGGUAGUGGACAGGAGUACAAUUCCUCUAUGUCUGACCCUGAGACAGGACAGCGAAACUGCUCUUUCACUCACUUACGCACCAGCCUUUGCAGUCUCAGUGUUUUCAUUGACAGACUAGUAACCUGCUGGGUGAUGGGCUUUGGUUGGAAAUGACAAAGCAGACCCUGAUAAGCACACUUUUGACUCCCUCUGUCUCUCCUCUUCUCCGCCAUCAAUACUCACAUUCUCUUUUUCUCUCGCCUUCCCAUUCCUCUCCUCAUUCUCACCUUCAGCCAAAGCCCAAUCAUCUGAAGUGCCUGUGAAAGACAGGAAAGCAAUAAUAUUAGAGGAAUAAGAUCAUCAAGUCAAACAGAGUUUAGCCCCCUUCAGAAGACAACCCUCUCUCACCCUGCAUUGCUCCUCAGCUGCUGGAGGCCUUUUCUGUUGCCCUUUUUCCUAUACCGUCCACCCUUGAGGGAUCCUGCAGUAGACAGACCUCUCACCCCAGAGCCAUACAUUAUAUGUGAAUAUAAAUAGGGCUCUUGUCUUAAACUGACCAGUUUGCCAGACCUCAAUGAUGGAAAAGCAGAAAGACACCAUAAUGCCUCUUAUACAGCACAUACACGACCUGCUGUGGCCUCCUGUAAUAAGUGGCACCUGCCUAUAUCACCAGCCAUGACCCUCUGCUUUAAUUCUAUCUGUAAUGAAACACCACCCGUCCAAACUAGCAUGUUGGGAUGGGAUGGGAUGGGAUGAUGAACUAAUGAUCCCACCAGCUCUCCAGCAUCCUCAGCUUAUUUUUGCCUUUCAGUAUUCAUUAUCUGGGCAUGUCUGUGCUUUACUGUGCUCUGUUCAAGACCUGCAGUUUGUCUGGGGCACGCUUUUAUUUUCUUGUUUUCCCCUCUGUUACUCAGCCUCAAGCUCUUGGCAGCCACAGCAGCACGUCUUAUUCACGUCACAUUCACCACAACCCUCUGCCUCACUGGAUAGAGGUCUGCUAUCCAGCUUGAUCUUUUGGUUCAGUUCUACCUCUCCCCCUGCCUUAUAAAGACUUUGUCAAUCCCUCUGUCAUGAAAAUAAUCAACUGAUGUUUUUUUUUU